UUGUUUACUGCCGGCUAGUGCUUGAGAUGGGCCACGUGCGGAACCGCAUUGUUUAGUUUUAACAAUUCUACUUAUAAUUUAAAUAAUAUUUACUUAAAUUGUUGAGUUAAAUUUAAGUGCAUAUUUCAAUUGUUCGGAGGAAGAUUUAGUGAAUUUUUUAAUAAAAAAUUUUAAUCUUUUUUUCGACAAUAAUUAUGUUCAGAGGAAGAGGAGGUGGCAGAGGAGGCGGAGGAAGAGGAGGCCGGCCAAGCGGUGGAGGCAGGGGAGGAGGACGAUUUCAAGACAUGGGCCCUCCUGACUCGGUGAUCCCACUCGGCAAUUUUAUACACCCGUGCCAAGACGACAUCGUCGUCAAGGUGGGACUGAAGGAAGACGUGCCAUAUUUCAACGCUCCUAUAUACACCGAGGACAAGAACCAGAUCGGGAAAAUUGAUGAAAUUUUCGGACCGGUUCAUGAUUAUUUCGUAUCGAUCAAAUUGGAAAAUAUGCAGGCUAAGAGUUUUGGAAAAAAUGAUAUGGUUUACAUAGACCCAAGGAAAUUGCUGAAAGUCCAGAGGUUUUUGCAAGGAAAUUCAGGUGGCGGUCGCGGUAGGGGAGCAGGUGGCGGCCGAGGAGGAGGCGGUAGAGGCGGUGGAGGUGGAUUCAAACGUGGUGGCGGAGGAGGUAGAGGCGGACGAGGGGGUGGUGAUGGAGGCUUUAGAAGCGGACGAGGAGGAGGAGGCGGAUUUAGAGGUGGCCGAGGAGGGGGUGGAGGAGGAGGAGGCGGAUUUAAAGGUGGCCGUGGAGGUGGAGGAGGUGGAUUUAAAAGGGACUUCAGAGGCGGUGGAGGAGGCGGAUUCCGAAGAUAAACUUAAUUCAUUUUAUAUAAAUUUUUAUUUUUCACUCUAUACUUCAACUUGUAUAUACAUUAUUAUAUACAUACAUGUCUAACCAUAUUA